ACAACGGCUCUCGAGUAUUUCAAAUGAUCUCGUGUAUCUAGUAUUCGGUUGUUUCAAGCCAAAUUAUUUUCCGAGUGACUUUUAAACUAACCUCGUUUAUCGGUUUAAGUUAUAUGCUUUAAUUCAAAAAAAUGGAAGAGAAACCUGAUACUGAAACCAUUCAAUGUGAAUUUUAUAGUGAUGCUGCUAAAUAUUGGGAAAAAAUUCCAGCGACUGUCGAUGGGAUGUUAGGUGGCUUUGGAUUUAUUUCUCAUACUGACAUUGAAGGAUCUGAAUUGUUUCUCAGGUCCCUAUUUAAGCUUAACCGAGCACCUCAGAAAAAUCGUGCUCUGGAUUGUGGUGCUGGUAUUGGUCGCAUCACUAAAAAUCUGUUAGUUAAACAUUUUAAACAGGUAGAUCUUGUUGAACAAAAUCCAAAAUUCUUAGAGGCAGCUAAAACUUAUUUAGACACUUGUGCUAGCAAAAUUGGCACGUAUUAUCCACAAGGUUUACAAGACUUCUGUGCUUCCACAAAGCAAUAUGAUGUUAUAUGGUGUCAAUGGGUCUUAGGACAUUUGCAGGAUGAUGAUUUAAUAGACUUUUUUCGUAACUGCCAAACAAGUCUGAGGGACAAUGGUGUGAUAGUAGUAAAGGAAAAUGUGACUAGUUCAGACAAAAUUGAUAUUGACUCAGAGGACUCUUCUGUAACCAGACCACUCAGAGAACUAAAAUAUGCCUUUGAGAAGGCAGGAUUAAUUUGUAUUAAAGAACAGAAGCAAAAAAGCUUUCCAAGAGGACUUUAUCCUGUUUAUAUGUUUGCAUUAAGACCUGCGAAGACUGCUACCAUAGAAUAAUAGAGAAUAUUUUUAAAAAAUUGUAAUCUUGCAAAUUGGCUGGCUCCAAUUCUAAUAAUUUUUUUUUACUAAUAAACAAAAUUAGUAAAGUGAUAUUUA